CUGCUGUCUGUGUGAAAGACGUCAAAAACAUUUUGCAGCAGUGCCGCAAAAGACCUAAAGCAGUGCCUGGUUUAUGGCAGCUGAGAGGUCGUGAGUGAGCUGUGGUCUUGAGGAAGGUUAAAGUGGCUCGAAAGUGAACGAAACAUGCCAUUCGUUGACCUCCAGUCAAAGCUGGGUAUUAAUCUGGACCAGUGGCUCUUGGCCCAGAGUGGGGAGCAGCCACAGAAGCGGGUAGCUCGCUGCCAUGCCUUUGAGAAGGAGUGGAUAGAGUGUGCUGACGGCAUCGGCCAGACUCGGGCCAAAAAGGAAUGCAAAAUCGAGUUUGAAGACUUCUAUGAGUGCAUGCACCGUCAAAAGACUCAACAGCGCUUAUACGAUAUUCGUAAGCAGAGGGACAAGCUGAUCAAGGAGGGAACCUACACACCACCUUCACAUCACACAGGCAACGAGGAGGCCCGACCUUAAAUCUAGAACCGCAGACAGAACAUACUCUCAACCCAGUCAUACUGCUGUACAGUCACUUCCUCCUUUAUGUAUUAUAAAAAUGAUUGUUGUAUCAACAUUGUUCAAUGUUUGAGAAAUAAAUAUAAUGCUUCUA